AUGGCGCAAGAAUCCCCGCGCAAAGAAGUACGCCACCCGCUCGAAGAGCUCGCCAAUGGCAUGACCCCCCAGGCUCGAUUGGGGACGACGCAAGAGAAAAACACACCAUUCCCCUCCACGUCGGUCAAGCGGGCCUCACCCUCGGACGACUACGGACCAGAGCAAAACAAGUACCCACGCUAUAACGGAGGCCUGCAGGUCUUGCCGGUAUCCAUGGUGAAGACACUACUGCAGAAGUACGAGAUGGAGCGACCCCAGAAGUCUGAAGCGGCUAUGCAGCACAUCCUUGACAGAGCUAAGAGCUCUCAAGACAUGUUGCUAGCGCUCGAAAACACUCUGAAGGCCAAUAACCAGCUUGCUUCCGAACUGAAAAUCGAAGCGGACAACGCAAGAUGGAGCGCAGUGGAGGCCAAGACCGCUAUUGCGAAGGCGCAGAGCGAUCACAAGAAGGAGAUGGAGAAGAUCAAGGAGCAAGUGGAGCGAGAGAUGAAUAAGUUGAGAAAGGAAACCGAGAGAGACGCCAAGAAGAAGUUCAAGCGUCAGGACAAGCAGUCUGCCGAGCACCAACGCAGGACGGAGCAGAGCCGGCAAGCCAAGCAGCAGCAUCGUCGCCAGGAAGACUUCCAACAGAAAGCGGCAGAACAGCAGCGUCAGCACGAAGAGGCGCAACUCAAGGCGGCAGAAGAGCACCGUCGAGAAGAGGAGCGACUCAAGGCGGCAAAAGAGCAGCGCCAGCGAGAGGAGGCUCGAGUUCAGGCCGAGAAGGAGCGUCAGAGAGAGGAGGAAGUUCGAGUUGAGGCCGCCGAGAAGCGUCAGAGGGACGAAGCAGCUCGAUUUGAGGCCGAGAAGAAGCGUGAAAGAGAGCAGGCCGAGAAGAAGCGUCAGAGACAGGAAGAAGCUCGAUUGCAGGCGGAGCAGCUUGCACGACAACAAGCCGAAGCCCAACGUCAACGAACAGAGCUCGCGCGCUUCAAAGGUCAGCAAGCGCAAGCCGCGCGGGAUGUACUCAUUCGCCCAUUGGAUCCGAAGUGGGAACAACGUGUCGCCAAAGCCAUGGCCACUACGAACGGCACGGACACCCUGGCUGUCAACCCAGAGGGCACCCCGUUGACAAGAUAUGCCUUCGGAAAGAUAUUGCCACAGACAGGUGCCGACGGACGAUCAGUCGAAAGCACGAUGACAAGCGCUGGGCAAAAGAAUGUUGACGGCUGGAUAAACGACGAUGCCAUCGACUCCUGGAUGUGCACAGUCGUCAAUGCAAAGCUGAAAGAUGAAGCGGAGCGUAGCGGAGACGGCGUGCCGAAGAUGGCCUCGUUCAACUGUGGAUGGUACUCCACAUUCAAGAAUCGCGGCGUGCAGGCUCUCAAGCGUUGGUCAAGUCGUAAGGGAAUGGGAGGAAAGAAGCUUCUUUCCGUCGAGCGAGUUUUCAUGCCAUUGAAUGUCGGAGCCCAUUGGGUGCUUCUAAUCGUUUCCCCAAGAGCGAGAACCAUCGAAUUUCUUGACAGCAAUAGGGGGAACGCCGACAAGUGGUUCGGUGUGGUUCGCAAGUGGUUGAACAUGGAACUCGGAGACUACUACCACGCAGAUGAGUGGAAGGAAUUGGGUACUCAGAGCCAGAGACAGCUCAACCAGGAUGAUUGCGGCAUUUUUACAUGCAUGAAUGCUCUCGCUUCUGCGAAGGGCAAGUCGUUUGCGGAUAUCCACGCCGUCAACGGAAUGGCGGACGCGCGUCGGAUGAUGGUGGCAGUCUUCCUCAAUGGAGGACUGCACGGUGACUGGCGGUUGUAG